AAUUUAUCAAAAAAAAUGUCAUCAUCUGGUUCAUUCAAGUUGCAACCUCCAAUUAAUGGUAAAUUCAUCACAAUUCUCAGCAUCGAUGGAGGUGGCAUUAGAGGAUUAAUUCCUGCAACUAUUCUUGAAUAUCUUGAAUCUCAACUCCAGGAAUUAGACGGUGAGGAUGCUAGGCUCGCAGAUUACUUUGAUAUAAUCGCAGGAACAAGCACGGGUGGCCUUGCUACCGCUAUGCUAACAGCUCCAAACAAAGAUAAUCGUCCUCUAUUUGCUGCUAAGGAUAUAAAGCCCUUCUAUCUUGAACAUGGUCCUAAGAUAUUUCCACAAAAUAAUAUGAUACUGAUUGGAUCAAUAAUAAAGGGAUGGAAAUUUCUAACAGGACCAAAGUAUGAUGGAAAGUAUCUUCGCCAAGUCAUAAAGGAGAAAUUAGGGGAGACUAAAUUGCAUGAGACUUUGACUAAUGUUGUUAUUCCAACUUUUGAUAUCAAGAAUAUACAACCUACAAUUUUCUCCACUUUUAAGGCGAAAAAACAUUCAAUAAUGGAUGCUAAGCUUUCCGAUAUAUGCAUCGGCACAUCUGCUGCUCCAACAUAUCUUCCAGCACAUAAUUUUCAGACCCAAAACGAAGAUGGCAAAUUUCAUGAGUUCAAUCUUAUUGAUGGUGCUAUCGCAGCUAACAAUCCGACCUUUAUUGCUAUAAAUGAAGUGACCAAACAAAUAUUCGAACAAACCCCAUAUUUCAAAAAUUUCGACGAAAUGAAGCCCACUAAUUAUGGGAAUUUUUUGGUCAUCUCCAUUGGGACUGGAUCAGAAAAAUUGGAACAUAAAUAUGAUGCUAAAAUUGCAUCAAAUUGGGGUAUUUUUGGAUGGCUAAGUGAUGGAGGCUCAAAUCCAAUUAUUGAUGCAUUUGCUGAUGCUAGUAAUGAUAUGGUUGAUUAUCAUAUUUCUGUUGUUUUUCAAUGUGUUUGUUCUGAAAAACAAUAUCUUCGUAUUCAGGAUGACACAUUAAGUGGAGCAGACUCCUCUGUUGACAUAUCAACCAAAGAGAACAUGGACAAAUUGGUUGAAAUUGGGAAAAAAUUAUUGAAGAAACCAGUUUCAAGGGUAAAUUUGAAGACAUGUCUAUUUGAACAAUUAGGGCCAACUGGUGGCACAAAUGAAGAAGCUUUGAAAGAGUAAUAUUAUUCAACUCUCUUGUGAAUAUU